AAAACCACAGUCGUCGUGCAAAUUUUAUGCCAUAUCCUACGCAAGUCCAAUGCAUACAAAAUUCUAAUGACCGCAUCAACGCACAACGCCGUCGACAACGUUCUCGAGCGUUUUGUGAAAGUAAACAAGUCCGAGUGCUUGUUGACAGAUGAUCAAAUCUUGCGGGUGGCUACAGACCACUCAAAAGUCAGCAAAUCUCUGCAGGGUUAUACUAUUGAUGCUAGAGUCGGAGAUAUAAACGAGAACAACAAACUCCACAAAAAAGCCCAGCAAAGGGUCGAGGCAGCCGUUAUUGUGUUUACAACGUGCACUGGAGCAGGGCUAGGGACACUGCGCAAGGUCGACUUCGACAUCGUUCUUAUCGACGAAGCAUCUCAAAUCACAGAACCUUGUGCGUUGAUACCGCUGGUCAAGGGCUGCCAGCGUGCUGUCAUGGUCGGAGAUCAUGUACAACUGCGGCCUACAGUGAAAUCAAUGGGGAAGGCGUUGGAAUAUGAUGUUUCUCUUCUGGAGAGGUUGUAUACUGGAGACACGAAGUUUGGCAUGGUGAAAACGAUGCUGAAUGUUCAGUAUCGUUUCCCAAGAGAACUUGCAGAAUUUCCAUCCCAAGAAUUCUAUAACGACAAACUUUUAUCACACAUCGAAGACAGCCAAAAAGUACUUGGCAUACUUCAGAAGAUGCCUUUCCCUUGGCCAACCAGAGAUGCCAGUAUAGUGCCGACUGUCUUUGUUCAAUGCAGCACAGGGGAAACUAUGGGCAGCUCAUCAAAAGGGAACGAAGGACAGGCCGAGCUAGUAGCAAGGCUUAUUCCUAUGCUCAAGCCUGAGGUACACGAUCAAAAAGAAGAACUGGCCAUUGCGGUCUUAUCGCCCUAUACACGACAAAUCGAAAUGCUGAAAAGCUUACUUCCUUCAACUGUCGCUUGUCACACGAUCGAUUCUUUCCAGGGGAGAGAAAGCGACAUCGUUAUCUUCUCUACCGUUAGAUGUAACGUGAGCGGAGAGAUUGGAUUUGUGGAGGAUGCAAGGCGGUUGAACGUUAUGUGGACCCGUGCAAGGCUUGGCCUGAUCAUUAUAGGGGAUCGCGAGACGAUGACUAUGACGAGUGAGCUCUGGAAAAGAGCCAUAGGGUUUUGUACCGAGGUUUUUGUAACGCGUAGCACUUAGAGAUAGGGUUCCCUGUUGACAGACAGUAUGUGUACUCGUUUUGCGGAGACAACCUGCAGAAAUGCUCAGGAAUGUCCCCAGCAGUACUAGUAGUAAAUCCGGGCUUGGGACUUCUCGGAAAGCCGUGACGCCAGCCAUAACACCGUCACCGUCACCGUCACUUGCAAAUCUGGGAAGUGAGCAUGGUCUGCCAGUGCAACCUGUUGAUUUCAACUAAACGUAAUAGAAAACAGUUACCAUCUUCAUAUCAUAAUCUAGGUUGCUUAAUCG